AUGAUAAUAAUUGUAUUACUAAGUGAUCAUGGUGAUUUCUACAGAAAUUAUCCAGCUGUUUUAUGGAAACAGGAAAAUGAAAAAUAUGAAAAAGCUUACGAAAAACGUGUUCAACAAUUUGGUGAUCAAGGUUGUGACCGAAAACGUAAACAAUUUAAAUGUCCGAACAGUCAAUGGUGUUGUCGACUGAAUACAUUCGCUAACCAUUAUAGUUCGGAUAACUGUCCCGAUGGUCAACACUCAUGUGGUGAACAAUGUUGCGAUAAACAACAAGAUUAUUAUUGUCGUAGUCCUAGUUAUGGACAUGAAAUUAGUGAAAAUUAUGGAUACUAUUGUAAAUAUGAAGGACCAGAUACAACAACAUUAGCCAAUAAUGAAAAUGCAGUUCAAGAAGGAAAUACAGGUCAAAAUGGAAAUGCAGGUUGUGGUCGAAAACAAUAUAAAUGUCCAAAUAGUCAAUGGUGUUGUCGACUAUCAUUUGGAAUUCAUUACGCUGAUAACUGUCCCGAUGGCCAACACCAAUGUAUAGAACAAUGUUGCGAUAAACAAAUGCAUUACUAUUGUCGUAGAAAUAGUGAAUCUAGUGAUAAUAAUGGAUACUAUUGUAGAUAUGAAGGACCAGAUACUACAACAACUCCAACUAUUGACGAAAAUGAAGAUAGAAAAGGAAAAGCAGGUCAAGAAAGAAUUUGGCGUCAAAAAGGAAUUUUACGUAAAGAAGGAACUGGAGGUCACGAAGGAAUUGGAGGUCAAGAUGGCAGUACUGGUAAAGAAGAAAGUACAGGUCAAGAAGAAAGUUCAGGUCAAGAAGGAAGUACAGGUCAAGAAGGAAAUGCAGGUCAAGAAGGAAAUGCAGGUCAAGAAGAAAAUACAGGUCAAGAAGUAAAUGCAGGUCAAGAAGGAAAUACAGGUCAAGAAGGAAAUGCAGGUCAAGAAGGAAAUGCAGGUCAAGAAGGAAAUGGAGGUCAAGAUGAAAAUACAGGUCAAGAAGGAAAUGCAGGUCAAGAAGGAAAUAUAGGUCAAGAAGGAAAUGCAGGUCAAGAAGGAAAUGCAGGUCAAGAAGGAAAUGGAGGUCAAGAUGAAAAUACAGGUCAAGAAGGAAAUGCAGGUCAAGAAGGAAAUAUAGGUCAAGAAGGAAAUACAGGUCAAGAAGGAAAUACAAGUCAAGAGGGAAAUACAGGUCAAGAAGGAAAUGUUUAA